AACAGUUUCUGAGAACCUCUGACCGUGUUCAAAGUCACUCAAAUCAUCUUUUUUCCUUCUCCAUUCUGAUGCCCCGUUUGCUGAUUUGAUAGUUGCAUGAAGAAGCUGCUGAACCGGUAGGUGUGUACCUAAUAAAGUGGUUACUUGACUGUGCUGGUGGUCCUUCCUCCACUAAACACCUCUGUCGUCUGCUUAAACUCUCUGAGCAGAGAGAGAGACAAUGGCUUCAAAGCAGCUGCCGUUUACUCGACACUUUGGCCACAAACACGAGAGAGUGAGUUCACACACCUGUCAGACUGCCACCUGCUGGUGGGUGGGAUCCAUUGUGUGCAGUCCUCACACCUGUCCACCUGUCAUUUGUGUUGAGCUGCAUGUUACAAGCUGCUGCCGUGUCGACUUGUCUUUCUCCAAACCCAGUCAUUUAAGAGCAGAAAUUGGUGAUGGUUGCUUCCACCUGAGUGAGUGAUGGGCUGUGGGAGCACGAAGGUUCUGCCAGAGGCGUCCAAGAAAAGCUAUGUGGGCGUGAUGCAGUCGCUGGUGGCCUUCGGCAAAGCUCGCGACCGCAGUGACGACGACGAUGACGAGCCAAAGAAGGUUUUGGAGAAGAAAAGAAGUGUGUGGUUUUCCAAAAAACACCAUCAUCAACAACAGCAGCAGCAGCAGCAGCUGAGACACAGAGACGGACGACAGCAGGACAAAGCUGCAAAGUACAAGGACAAGUUUGAUCCACGUGUGACUGCAAGGUACGACAUCAAAGCUCUGAUCGGUCGCGGAAGCUUCAGCCGCGUUGUGAGGGUGGAGCACAGGGCCACUCGCCAGCCGUUCGCCAUCAAAAUGAUGGAUGUGGAGGCCCCCGUGGGCCGCGAGGUGUGCGCAUCGGAGCUGGCCGUGCUGCGGCGCGUAAGCCACGCCAACGUCGUGCAGCUGGUCGAGGUGUUCCAGUGUCCACGCCGCAUUUACCUGGUGCUGGAGCUGGCGACGGGCGGCGAGCUCUUGGAGCGUGUCGUGAGCAGGGGUCACUUCACAGAGCGCGACGCCACCCGGGUCCUCAAGAUGGCGCUGGCCGGGGUGGCGUACUUGCACAGUCUUGGCAUCACGCACAGAGAUUUGAAGCCGGAGAACCUUCUGUACUAUCACCCGGGAGCUGACUCCAGGCUCCUGGUCACCGACUUUGGUUUGGCGACGUUUGGCGGCACCAGUUCUGAGGUGUGUGACACGGGUGGGACGGAGCCGUCCUGGUCUCUGAGGACCACCUGCGGGACGCCGGAGUACAUGGCCCCCGAAGUGCUGCUGAGGAAACCCUACUCCUGUGCCGUGGACAUGUGGUCACUGGGGGUGAUCGCGUACAUCGUGCUGAGCGGGUCCAUGCCGUUCGAGGACGACAGUCGCACGCGGCUCUACAGAUCCAUCGUGCGAGGGAAGUACAGCUUCAGUGGAGAUCCUUGGUCCUCGGUGUCCAACCUGGCAAAGGAUUUCAUCCAGCGUCUGCUGGCGCCGGACUCCUCCACCCGUUUGACCGCUGACCAGGCCCUCCGUCACUCGUGGGUGGUCACGAUGGCAUCCGGCUCGUCGAUGAGGAACCUCCAUCGGUCGAUUUCGCAGAACCUGCGGCAGCGGGCGUCGCGCAGCUCCUCCCGGUGCACCGCAAGCUCCGGCGAUGCCACCAGCGCGGGGAGAGCUAAUGUAGCCGGAAAAUAAACAGGAGCCGCGUUCAGGGCCGAGCGUCUGCACUCAUGCCGCCUCAGAGAGCCGUGCAGCAUCCGGCCAGAGGGCUCCAGAAGCAUCAGUGCCAUCCGACUAAAGCUCCACAUUCAUGGGGAAAGCUAAUGAAGGAGAGAGCCCAGCUGCCCCUGCUCAGUGUGCUCGGCCAUCACGAACCCUCAAAGCUCCAAACGGGGAGCGGAAAGUUCCUAAAACAGGUGUUGUGGCGCACACACACACACACACACACACACACACACA